CAGGCAGCUCAGACGACCGUUCGCCGCUGCCACCGUCCGGCUCUUUCCUCGCCCCCGUCUCUCCGGGCCAGGUCGGAGGCUCAGACCCGAGCCCGGCGCAGAGAAGCAGAGUCAAGGACUUGGAGGUCAUGGAGGCCCAGCUGGCAACAGGGCUCGAGGAAUAUUUUCAGUGCGGGCUCUGCAACAAGCCGGCAACAAGUCCAAAGCUCCUCGAGUGCCUUCAUACCUUUUGUGCAGGUUGUCUGGAGCGCGAAUCCAAUGGGAGCGAUGUCACCUGUCCCAUCUGCGAAAUGGUGACCAAGAAAGGUCUCUCUUCCCUGCCAGACAAUAUAUUUGUGUCAAACUUGCAGAACAGUGUGAGAAAGCAGCAGCAAAUCCUGGAAAGUGCAGAACAGCGCUGUGCCACCUGUGAGGAGAAUACGUCUGCAGAGUUUGUGUGCCUGGAGUGUGACAAGGUGCUGUGUAACAAGUGCUUCCACACUCAUCAGGUGUUGAUGCCAGAUCACAAGAAGCACGUGGAGACCUUGGGCACUUUGCGAAAGUUGAAUUCAGAUGAGUUCUUGAAGAUUCUAAGAAGAUCAAAGGAUCUCCUCUGCAGCUCACAUGAAAAUCAGACAAUUAGUCUGUACUGUAGAACCUGCUCGAUGUGGCUCUGUGUCCUGUGCGUUCUUCUGGAACACAAAGACCACGAUUGCACCCCUGUGCGAAAACAGAUCAACCUUUUGAAGAGCGAGCUGCAGGAAACGCUGGCAGCAAUAGUCACAAAGCAAGAAGAGUUUGUUGAAUCACAGAGCCAACUGGAACUGCUCGUGGAUCAUGUGAACAAGGACAAGUACAAGCUGACAGAUCUGAUCGAAGACCGGGUUCAGGCUGCCCUGCAGAAGGUGAAGGUGGAGGAGCGCAGGCUGAUCAAUGAGCUGCAGGAGCUUCACUCCUCUAAAACCCACAAGCUGCAGGUGAGUCUGAACAGCAUGGAGAACGUGUUGAAGAGAAUGGGGGUGAGCAAAAACGUGGUGUCCCAGCUGUUGCGCUAUGCCACAGAGCAGGAAAUCAUGAAGCUGCAUGGAACAAUCAAGUCAGCUCUCGCAGAACUACGGAAAGAAAAGCCAAUGGAUGUGCAUGUGGACAACACCAUUAUCAACUUUCAGGAAUGCUGCAAGUUUCCAGAGAAAAUGCUGGGCAAUUUGAUGAUCACGAGAUUGAAACAAGAGUCCACUUUGGAUGGGAAGUUAUCGCUGCCUGGAUGCAGAAUUGCUGUUCAUUGCAACAAGGAAGUGGGCGAAUCUUCGAUGUGUAACUUCAACAAAAGGAAAUGUUAUGCAGCUGAGGAAGCACAAACCUCCAAAAAACUGUGCGUGAAAGAAGAGCCAAGCAGCUGCACUGAGGACGAUUCCACCGCUGGCCCAAGCAGCCACCAGCAGAGCCGCACACCCUCCAUAGAGUGUGUCACUCUUAUCACCGACUCCAACAGACAGGAACAGGUGCCCAAGUUUAUGGACACUGUAGUCAUUGUUAGAGAAGGUGGAGCUGAAGAUGCAAUUAAGAGAGAGUCUGGAGCUGAGAUGCCAAGUGGUGGACAGGAUGGCCCUCAGCAGAGCACAUAGGAGACCCUGGUGUUCUUUGACUUGGAAACCACAGGCCCAGAAAACAAUUGUGACAUUGUGCAGUUGUCGGCAGUGAGUGGCGGGAAGAUCUUUAACAAGUACAUCUUGCCUAGUAAGCCCAUCUCGGAAGGUGCAUUUGCCA